AUGUCCAUAAUAACAGGAGAUUUGAUUAACCGUGGCGGUGGAGAAGCAUGUGACGGAGGUGGUGGCAGAUAUCGCAAGGGAGGCGGUAAUGUAUACGGAGGAGGUGGUGGUUACGAGAGACAUAGCAGAGGUUACAGAUCUGGUGGAGGUUGUGGUGGAAAAAGAUACGGUGGUGGUGGCCGUGAGGGAGGUGGCUAA